CCUGACUGACAAGGAGAGUGGGCUCGGCCCGACCGGGAAGGGCGUUGGGUUUGCGACGCCGCAGGACAGGAUAGGCUAGCAGAGAAGCCGGGACCCCCACCAAGCUGAAGCGUGAGAGCCGGGCCUGCCAGGCUGAGUGACACGAAUUACCCUCUGUACAUCCGAAGCACUCCCACUGAGAAUGAGCUCAAGUUCCACUACAUGGUGCACACGUCCCUGGAUGUGGUGGAUGAAAAGAUCUCUGCCAUGGGAAAAGCACUGGUGGACCAGAGGGAGCUGUACCUGGGCCUGCUCUACCCAACUGAGGACUACAAGGUAUAUGGCUACGUGACCAAUUCCAAGGUGAAAUUUGUCAUGGUGGUGGAUUCCUCCAAUACAGCCCUUCGAGACAAUGAGAUCCGCAGUAUGUUCCGGAAGCUGCAUAACUCCUAUACGGAUGUGAUGUGCAACCCCUUCUACAACCCCGGAGACCGCAUCCAGUCAAGGGCCUUUGAUAACAUGGUAACUUCGAUGAUGAUCCAGGUCUGCUGAGCUGGACCUCUGCCCCAGUCACCUGGAAGAGAAGCCUGUAUUCACCCCUGUUUGAUGAUUAUUUAUUCCCUUUCCUCUCCCUGAAUGUAACCUGUGGGCAGGGCUGUGUGCUCUGUACCUUUCUACUAAAGGCCUCACACGACAAGAUCUGCUUUGUCCUGUGUCAGCAGAGAGGGUCAGCUGAGGACCUGCUAACUGGUCUCAGAGACUGUGGAGCCAUGUAGGAGCUGUGACCAUAACCAGGUGGAGUGAGGGAGAACACUGAGUACAGAAGGCUGUGGGCCUCCAUUAUCUGAGUAGGUGGGUGGUCCAGAAGGGUGCAGGGGAUGGGGAGCCCAGAGCCAGCUCCAGAGGAUGGAGGCAAUGUAAGGCAAAGAGCCACAUACAUUUCUUCUUGGGCAAGGGCUCUCAAUGUUCUGGACCCACCAUUCAUUUAGCCCAGCCCUUGUGCUCAACCCCAGCCUAGGAGGUGGUGAAAUCUGAAAAGCUUCAUGGAACAUAGCAUUAAAGCAGCUGCUGCUUCCCAUGUGCCAACUGAGCGACUCCAGGAGCCUUUCCUGGCUGUCAGUGAGCGUGGAGGUCAACAGGGUCCCCAACGAUGCUCCUAGGCCACACGUCCCCAAGGACAAACCAGGCUCUCCCCAGAUAAAAAUUCUGUGGCUGUGUGGAGGUGGUGACUGGAGCUGGCUCCUCUGUGCCACUGGACAGUGUGGUGUCCUGGGAGAUGGCAAGGCCUGGAGGACCUACCCCAGGUUUGAGUCCCUUUCAGAUGUUGCCACUCCAUGCUGCCUUCAGAGUCUCUCUCUGGCUUCCCCAAGUCCUCAGCCAAGGACCUCCCCCUUCUCUGUAGAGUUUCUCAUGCCUGGGCCCAGCAGGCUGUGACUUGUCCACAUGAGCUGGUUGGAGUCGCAGAGGAGACAGCCCAUCUCCAUUGUAUCAGGGCUUUGCUCCAGUGAGCACAGGGUUAUUAAAAAGUGGAGGAGAAGCCCGACCUUCCCGUCGACGUAAGUAGCCGUGGACUGAGAACUCCAACAAGCAGCUGACUGACAAAGACAGAGCCCGGAGGUGCUUGGGUUAAAGGCUGUAGCAGGAGGUUGGGCUUGGCAAGAGAAGGCAGGCACAUCAGUGAGGUGGGAUCUUGAGUAUUUAAGGAGGUCACCCUACCUGAGUAUUGGCUACGCUGGGAAUUGCAUCUUGUUCCCCUUCCCUCCUUACAGACAGAACCUCUAAUUUACUGGAGGCACUUGGCUAAAUGCCAUUUGUUUCCCUCCCCUUCAUGCCAGGGCAGGUGGUUAAGGCAUGUAGAGGGUGGUAUUGGGAGCGACCUACAGGACACAUUCUUGAAAAAUAGUUUCAGCUGAUGUUUAGACUUUCUGCUUUUCUCUUGCCUGGAACUUGAGUGUCAUAGUGGGAGCUUAGGCAGCCCUCUUAAGAGCAUGAACAUAGGAGGAUAUGCAGACGUGAGGACGGAGCAGAAAGGAGCCCGGUCUGGGCUAAUGGGCUUGCCCUGGACUGUUCGCAUGUGAGACAAUAAACUGUAGGUUCUCUCCUGUCUAA